GGGAGUAACAAUAUUAUUGAAAGGUGUGCCGUUGUGACAUUUUCGGAUUCCAUUUGUUGCUCUCUGCAUUAUUCCAACUUCCUUAACUUGUAGGCUACAAACAUCAGCAUUCAGCACAGCCAGUAUUGCUGUUAGAGUGGCCAGAACCAAAAUUUUGAUUAAGGAGUUUAAAAGUAAUUAUAACAACUAAUUGAAGGGUCAACAUCUUAUAUUAUAUAACAUAAAAAUAUUAAUUAUAUAUAAAUAUAUAAUUUUCUGAUACGCGCUAGCAUCAACAUUUCCGUUUCCCACCAACUCCCAUACAGGCGGCUCAUUGACUCCUGUUUAGAGCUGCAGAGAAAUAAAUGGCUAUGUUAGUAGCAGCCCGUCGAUUAUCAGCUGUAUCAGAUUCACUGCGUUAUUCUUAUAGCUGGAGGUUUUUCUCAACGUCUUUCAGAGAGGAAAGAGAUACAUUUGGUCCUAUUCUUGUUCCAUCUGACAAGUUAUGGGGGGCACAAACUCAAAGAUCAUUGCAGAAUUUUGAAAUUGGGGGUGAUCGUGAAAGAAUGCCUGAGCCAAUCAUACGUGCAUUCGGUAUUCUUAAAAAGUGUGCAGCCAAGGUGAACAUGGACUAUGGCCUUGACCAAUCUAUUGGAAAAGCAAUAAUGCAAGCAGCUGAAGAGGUUGCAGAAGGAAAAUUGAAUGACCAUUUUCCUUUGGUGGUUUGGCAAACUGGCAGUGGCACUCAAAGUAACAUGAAUGCUAACGAGGUUAUUGCAAAUCGAGCAGCUGAAAUACUUGGCCAUAAGCCAGGAGACAAACAUGUGCAUCCAAAUGACCAUGUAAAUAGAUCGCAAUCUUCAAAUGAUACAUUUCCUACGGUGAUGCACAUUGCUGCAGCGAUGGAGCUAAAUAAAAGAUUAGUACCAAACUUGAAGCAGUUGCAUACUUCACUAAAUUCAAAGUCAGUCGAAUUCAAGGACAUUAUAAAGAUUGGGCGAACCCACACACAAGAUGCAACACCUUUGACUCUUGGACAAGAGUUUAGUGGCUAUGCAACUCAAGUGAAAUAUGGAAUCGAUAGAGUUUUAUGCACCCUUCCACGCAUGUAUCAGCUCGCACAAGGGGGCACAGCAGUGGGGACGGGAUUGAAUACAAAGAAAGGGUUUGACAUAAAAAUUGCUGCAGCAGUUGCAGAGGAAACAAAUUUGCCAUUUGUAACAGCUGAAAACAAGUUUGAAGCAUUGGCGGCUCAUGAUGCAUUUGCUGAAACUAGUGGAGCCUUAAAUACCGUGGCUGCUUCCCUUAUGAAGAUUGGGAAUGAUAUACGCUUCUUGGGAAGUGGUCCCCGCUGUGGUCUUGGCGAGCUUAUUCUUCCCGAAAAUGAACCUGGAAGCAGUAUAAUGCCUGGCAAGGUAAAUCCUACUCAGUGUGAGGCUCUCACCAUGGUCUGUGCUCAGGUUAUGGGGAAUCAUGUGGCUGUUACUGUUGGUGCAUCAAAUGGCCAUUUUGAGCUGAAUGUCUUCAAGCCGAUGAUUGCUAAUGCUCUCCUACAGUCAGUAAGAUUGCUAGGUGACGCAUCUGCUUCUUUUGAAAAGAAUUGUGUGAGGGGUAUCCAAGCUAACAGAGAGAGAAUUGCUAAAUUGUUGCACGAGUCACUCAUGCUCGUCACAUGUUUGAACCCAAAAAUUGGUUAUGAUAAUGCUGCGGCAGUUGCCAAGAAAGCCCACAAGGAGGGAACCAGUUUAAAGGAUGCUGCUCUCAAUCUAGCAGUUCUCAACUGUGAAGAGUUUGAUCAACUUGUAGUCCCUGAGAAAAUGAUCGGUCCAACUGACUGAUCUGAUUCAGUAGUUCUUUGUAAUGGGAGAUAGAGGACCAUGGUUGUGGCCAGUGGGUGCAUCAUACUAGCUUCUUUUGUCCAUCAAAUUCGACGACGGAAAUAAACAUUUGACACAAUUCUUGAGGUUUUUUCAUUCCUUUGCAAUUUAUCAGCAAUUGGCUGAGGGAAUGCCUCCAUUUUUGUAAUGAAACCCUGAGCAAAAGCCAGGUAAAUAAUGAACUGAAAAUUAUUUUUUGAGGUUGAGCAGUGAACGAUGAGGGAGAAAAAUAUCUUUUAUGAAAUGGAAACCUUUGACUAACUUAUCAAA